AUGGCAAAGUGGGCCAUGACUCGCGGGCUGGCCCGUUGGCCCGUCAAAAAUUGGCGGCCGGAAAGAUGGGGGAGGAAAAUGCGAGGAAAGAUUCCUGCUGAGCAGUUGCUAUUUGAUCCAGAAAUUGAGAAAACAGCCAGGAAAAAUAAUAGUAGAAGAAGGCGACAAAGGAAGCUUGAACAGGAGAGACAGGAACAGGAGGGUACUUCCACUUCAGUUGCAGCUCAACACUCUAUUUCUGAAUCAAUGGCUGAGGAAGGACAGGGUGGUGGUGACAGACCUCAUCAUCAACCAAGGAGACUCUUAGGAGAAUACAAUCAUCAGUUGGGACCUAGGCAUUUCUCCAGUAUAGCUAGACCAACCAAGGGAGUGGAGAUGAAGCCAGCAUUAUUAUCUCUCAUCACUGCCAAUCAAUUUGCAGGAAUGGACCAUGAAGAUCCCUACACACAUCUGUCUACUUUCUAUGAGCUUAUUGGUACUAUGGGUGUACCUGGAGAAGAUGAAGAAGCAGUUUAUUUGCGAUUGUUUCCUUUCUCUUUGACAGGUAAAGCCAAGACAUGGUUGCAGGCCCAUCCGAAUCAGAGCUUAACCAGAUGGGAGGAUGUAGAAAGGAAGUUUUUGGCAAGAUUCUUCCCUCCUUCCAGAUAUAUAAGUGCCAAAUCAGCAAUUGCAACAUUCUCUCAAGGUGCUGAUGAGCCUUUGUGUGAAGCUUGGGAGAGAUAUAAAUCCUUGCUGAGGAAAUGCCCGAAUCAUGGGUUUGAUGAUGUGGCACAACUUAAUAUGUUCUGUAAUGGGUUAAGACCACAGACAAAGAUGUUAUUGGAUGCUUCUGCAGGUGGUUCAAUGAUGAUGAAGGAUUCUGAGGAAGCAAUUACCAUUAUUGAUGCUUUAGCAGCCAGUGACUACCAAGCUCAUCAUGAUAGGAGCCAGCCUUCAAAAAGGGGAAUUCUGGAAUUGGAUACCCAAAAUGCAAUCCUGGCCCAGAAUAAGCUUCUUUCUCAGCAAAUGGAAGAGAUAAAGAAGCAGAUGUCCAAACUGCAAGUAGGGUCAUCUUCACGCUCUCAGCAGGUAAUGAGAUGUGAUUUUUGUGCAGGUGAUCAUCCAAAUGGGCAUUGCUCUGUCUCUGAAUCAGAACAGGAGGAGGAAGUUAAUUACAUGAGCAAUCCAGGAAGGCAAGGGAAUUUCUCUGGUAAUUAUAAUCAGAAUCAAGGCUGGAGGAGUAAUCAGAAUCAGUAUUCUGGGUGGAAACAAGAAGCAGGGCCUUCACAAAGGCAGCCCCCACAAAAGCCAUAUCAAAAUCAGUCUUCUUAUCAGCCUGAUAGGUUGUCAAAAAUGGAGGAGGCUCUUACACAAUUUAUGCAGGUUUCCACAACUAAUCAGAAGAACACUGAAGCGUCUAUCAGAAAUCUGGAGGUUCAAGUAGGGCAGCUAGCCAAGCAGUUGGCAGAUCAACAAAAUAAAAAUUUUUCCGCCAAUACACAGGUCAAUCCGAAGGAGCAGUGUCAGUCAAUUACAACAAGGAGAGGCACUGUGAUAGGUAAGGGGAUUGGUGACAAUUUGAGAGACAGUAGUGUUGGGGAAGAAGAGAAAAAGAGUGUAGUUGAGUUAGAAAGUGAGAAAGAGGUGGAGUUGAAUAAAGAGGAAGAAAAAAAAGAAAAUAAUAAAAAAGAGAGUGAAAAAAAUGAGAGGAGAGAUGGAGAUGUGAGGGAGGAGAGAAAGAAGAAAGGGAAAGAAGUCAUUAGGCCUCCUCCAGUGAAGAAUCUACCUUACCCACAUGCUCCGUCAAAGAAAGACAAGGAACGCCAGUUUGCAAGGUUCCUUGAUAUAAUCAAGAGGUUACAGAUCAACAUACCUUUUGCAGAGGCCUUGGAACAGAUGCCAUCUUAUGCAAGAUUUAUGAAAGAUCUUUUGACAAAGAAGAGAAAGUUGAGUGAAGAUGGAACAGUGGAGUUAGAGGCAGGUUGCAGUGCUAUAAUUCAGAAGUCACUUCCACAAAAGUCUAGAGAUCCAGGGAGUUUUACUCUGCCAGUCACUAUUGGAAAUGUUUCUGUGGGGAAGGCAUUGUUGGACUUAGGAGCUAGUAUCAAUCUGAUGCCUUUGUCAAUGCUACAGAGGAUAGGUGAGGUGGAGGUGAGACCUACUAGAAUGACUCUGCAGUUGGCUGACAGGUCCAUCAAGUAUCCUCAUGGUGUUGUUGAAGACCUCUUAGUAAAAGUUGAUAAGUUUUGGUUCCCAGUAGAUUUUGUUGUCAUGGAUAUGGAGGAAGAUUCUGAGGUUCCUCUUAUUUUGGGACGACCAUUCAUGAAGACAGCCAAAGUUAUUAUUGAUGUUGAUGAUGGGAAACUCAAGGUUAGAGUUCAGGAUGAUGAAGUGAACUUUGAUGUCUUUGAGGCCAUGAAGCAUCCAAGUGAUAAGGCAGGUUGUUUCAGAGUGGAUGUGAUUGAUGAGCUGUGUUUGGAAGCUCAAAGAAAUUUCUCAGUAGCUACACCAUUGGAGAAGGCAUUGAUGAGUGUGGUCAGUGAAAUUAAUGAUGAAGAAGAAAGAGAAAUUCAGAAAUGUCUGGAGGAGUUAGACAAAGCCAAGGAGGUUUCUACUAAUCCUGCAAGUGUACAAGAGUUAAACAAAGGGGACAAGUCUCAACCUCAGCAGCUAGAAUUGAAGCAAUUGGGCCCCCCCCCCCCCCGCCCCGUUUUUGGCAGGCCGGACCAAAAUGGGCCGGGCUGGCCCGUUUUGCCAUCCUUAAUAAUAAUCCUUUAA